AUGCAAAACUCAACAAGCAAAAAGGCCGCGGGCUCCGACACCAAAAACUCGCGAUCGAGACAACUAGAAAAACGAGCACGAGCUCCGUCUAGUUCUUCUUCUUCAGAACUGGAUUUCGAUGACCGAGCGCUCUAUAAUGAUCGUCCCCUUGAAGCACAAUCUGAAGCAAGGAAAAAAUACGAAGCUACUUUGGCUCGCAUUCCAAGAGGUUAUGGCCAUGAUUCCGAUACCGACGAUACGAAAGAGUUCAAGAAAGCUGCGGAACGCGCAAAAGAUAUGAAGCUACCGGAAGAGACACCCAGCACCCGCAAGGAAAAAGCAAAGGCCGAUGCUCCUCGUGCCAAAAGCUCUCGCACAUCUACUAGUAGCUCCCACAGGAACGCAACACCUGCCGACCCCCUUCGCAAAGAAAAAACACCCGCAGACCCCUCGCGCAGUGAAAGAACACCCGCUAGAUCAAAGGCAAACUCGGAUAACCUUAAAGCCAUGUCCUCACUAAAGCUAUCAAAUACACCCCAAGACCGCCCAGACACUCGCAAACAAGUUCCAUCAAGCAGCCGCAGCGGACCCACCAGUAGCAGCAAUAGCAGCACUAGCAAAUCCCGCGAAACUCGCGACUCCGCCUUCCAACGCACGCGCAGCGCCUUUAAAAUCUAUCCCGGUAGACAUUAUACGCUGGAAAGAUAUCCCAUGAAUCAUAAGGAUGUAGAACGCAGAGGGAAAACUCAUUAUGUCUGUUUGGUUUCGAAGCGAUGUGAAAACUUGAGAAUUAAUAUUUUGAAGGAUAUGGAAAAGCAUCUUGAGGAUUCUCAUUAUGAAGCAUUGGGGGGAGUGAGGGAGGAGCGGGAAAAGCCGAAGGCGAGGGAGGUUGCUGGAAGUGAUAGUGGGAAGAGUGUUGGGGAGUCUAGUAACUCAGCUGGGAGACGUUGA